AUGCAUCGGCAACUAUUGCUUCCUAUUCUAUGUCUAGUUUUAUUCGGAAUCAGUUUUAGUUGGGCAGCUAAUUGGGCAGUGCUUGUAGCUGGUUCUCGUGAUUGGGUAAACUAUCGUCAUCAAGCUGAUGUAUGUCAUGCUUAUCAAAUCCUACAUAAAAAUGGUAUUCCUGAUUCGAAUAUUGUUGUCAUGAUGUACGAUGAUUUAGCUCAUCAUUGGCGAAAUCCAACAAAAGGUAUCAUUAUUAAUCAUCCCAAAGGAAAUGAUGUUUACCAUGGAGUACCUCAUGACUACACUGGCAAAGAUGUGACACCAGAGAAUUUUAUGAAUGUUUUGCUCGGUAAUCAGGAAGCACUGCGCAAUAUUGGUAGUGGAAAAGUGUUGAAAAGUGGUCCCGAUGAUAAUGUUUUUAUCUAUUACACUGAUCAUGGUGCUGUGGGUUUAGUUGCUUUCCCAUCUGGCGUACUCUAUGCAAAAGAUUUAAAUCAAACUAUUAACACCAUGUAUAAUCAAAAGAAAUAUAAGCAAUUAGUUAUUUAUAUCGAAGCUUGCGAAUCCGGUUCAAUGCUAGAAGAUAUUCUAUCAGAUAAAAUAAAUGUAUAUGGAACAACAGCAUCAAAUGCUCAAGAAUCAUCAUAUGCAUGCUAUCAUGAUGUACUACGUGGUACAUAUUUAGGUGAUGUUUACUCGGUCGUUUGGAUGGAAGAUUCUGAUGCUGAAAUGAUUGAUAAAGAGACAUUAUAUCAACAAUAUUUAAUAACACAAAGUAAAACAAACGCAAGUCAUGUCAUGCAAUAUGGAGAUCUUAAUCUAGCCAAAUCUCAUAAUGUAAGUGAGUUUCAAGGUGUAGAAAAAUCAAAUGUCUCCAAGUACAAUAAUUUUAUUGAUCAAUAUAAUAAUUUACUUAGACGAGAUGCAGUUCGUUCUGAAGAUGUACGCAUUGAAAUUAUUAAACAUCGUUUAACUAUUGUUGAAGUCAAUUCAAUUGAAGAAAAAGAAUUGAAAAAUGAACUUACUCAAUUAUACAGGGAUCGAAAUAUAAUUUUCCAUAGAAUUUAUCAAAUAGCUUCAACAGUAUUAUCAUUGAAUCAUGAAAACUAUUUGGAAAUGAUUCUUGAAAAACGUAUGAAAUUGACUCAACAUGAUUGUUAUAUAUCUGUGACACAACAUAUCCAUGAAAAAUGCUUCGAUCUUCAAAAUGAAUUUGUUCUAAAUAAACUUUAUAUUAUGGCCAAUUUAUGUGAAAUCGGUUUGCUUGACAUUACUAUAAAUCAAGCUAUUGAUGAAGUAUGCAAUCAUCGAAUCUAUUUUGACUAUUAA